AUGACAUGGUUUAAUUUUGGUGAUAGCGUUCGGUUGCUAUUUUGUCUUCUUUGUUUGUUCGCUUGUAAUAGAAGCGUUAAACCAAGACCAUUCCCUGAGGAUGGUGGCACAGUGACUCAGACUGGUGAACCGUCGCAUUUUCAAGUCGAUGACAAGGCCGCCGAGAUCGAAGUAAAUGCGAAUCCCGCUGGGGUAAAAGUUAACGCUAAGCCGGCUUCUCUUCAAGUUGUAGCCAAACCCGGUACUCCCGCUGUUCCCAUAUUUCAUCCAUCGAUUCAUCUGGCACAACAUUAUGCACCGCCACCGGUCGUUCAUCACCAUCCAGCCGUAUUUUACCACGGUUGCUUUCACUUUCCUUACUGUAACAAUUGGUUCUACAAUGGAAUCAAGCGAGAGAAGUUCCCAAAGCCCAGAAAAGAUGAAGUCAAUGUCAGAACCCACAAAUCUGAUAUACCCCGAGCGCACAAACACAAAAAGGGAAUCACAUCUCGCAAGCGCCAAUUCAUCUUCGCGGCCCCUCAGCUUAUUCAACCGUCAACGUUGGGUGCUCUGCGCAGUCUUAAUGCUUAUAGAGGCUUAUCAUAUACCCCCGUCCGUCAGUUUUUACCGUUAAAUUCUAUCCUAGGGCCUUACAAUUUCGGGCAGAAUUCCCAGGCCCGCAUGUUUGCAUCACCUGGACAGCUAGCCACGCAGCAGAGUCUCCAAGAGACUGGCCUGACAAGAGGACUUAUUCCAACAGCUGCAGGUUAUCCAGAGAAUUCCGAGGCUUUGAGUGGUUACCAAAGACUUAACAGCGAUUCAAAUAGCCUGGCCUCCUUGUACAAUGCUAUUUUAAGACAAAGAAGCAUGUUAAGCGCGGCGCAAAGUUUAAGAUAUGGAAGUGUAUUGGGUGUUGGUGGCGCAUCCCGUUUCAGCGCGGAGAGUGGGUUGGGGUACGUUCCUUCAACGCUAGGAGCAACUCAGUACAACGAAGCAAUGAUGGGCUAUGGGAAUGCAAACGUUCCUUCGCCAUUAUCCCAGCUUUAUAGGUCACAAAGCUACCCUCUCCAGGGAUUACUUGGUAUGUUCCCAGUGUGUAUGUGUGUGUGCGUUUGUUUUUUUUAAUCGACUGGACGGUGUUGUAGCUUAUAAGUUUUGUAUCCUUUGUAUUCAGAUCUUAGCAUUUAGAAGGAAAAUACAGUGAUGACCCAUUUGAGUGUCGUCCUGAAGGGAAAUGUUAGUGACCCUCUGACUUACAUUUUGACUCUUUCAGACCAGCAAUCCUGUUCAGGAAUGUUCUUAACCAUAGCUACGAAUAUCUAACCUUCCUAUUAACACUCCCUGGCAGAAAGAGAUCAUUUAGCUUUCCUCCAGUGUUCUGAGCUCAACAGUUGUAGGCAUCCAAACAGUAAACAACAUGUCUUAAAAUCAGAACCUACAUUACAUUACUUAUAAAGUACUGAACUAGAAUGCUACGUCGUGGCUCAAACAUGCUGAAAUGAAACUUAAAAAAUAAUAAAAAAAAUCAUGCAUAAAGUUCAUCAAAUAGUUUCGAUGUAACAGAGCGUUACUUUCAAUUUUCAUCGUAUAAAAUAAUGUCAGAGGCCAGAGAUAUCGUCCAUAACAUUUGUUUUGUCCUAAAUAUUGUUGCUAAGAUUUAAAGAUAUCCAACUACACAAUUUGAAAAUGAAAUGGGGCAUGUCCUGCAGAUGCAGAGCCUUCUUCUUAGGAAACGAGUUGAGCUUAGUUUGAGUAGAGAGGGUUGCAUUGAUUUUUUAUGCCUUAUUUAUUGUCCACAGGAUCUUCACUGGGCUACCAGCAAUCCAUGUUCCCUUACCUCUCACUUCCACCCAUGUUGCAGCGAUCUCCAUUAGUGAGCAGAUCCAAGGUCCCUGGAGCGUCAUCAAAGAAGAAAAAGAAACCAAUUAGAGAUAAGAUUUUAAAGGAAAAAAGGAAAGUUGACGUUAAACGCCAAACUCUGCUAGAGCCAAUUUUGCCGGAAGAAUCUGGAAAUGUUGAUGAUUUGUUACAGGACGGGGCAUCAGAAGAUUACAAGAGACAGUUCAUUCUGACUCCAGCUCUGGAGACGCUCCAGCAAGUGCAACCGUUACAGGCUAUGGUCACUCAGCCAUCCGCACAGCCACAAUUACGUCAGCUUCAACUGCAGCAGCUUAUGCAAGAGCAGCCUAUCUCAGCACAGUCCUUAGCAGUCCAGCCGGUGGGAAUGCAGUCAGUACCUGCGUUGCAGUCUGCAGGCAUGCAGCAGCUGGGUAUGUCAGGGUAUCAACAGCUUGGAAACCUUCUUCCCUUAGAGUCAACGCCACUCCGUUAUAUGACAUCUUCUCUUGUGUCACCCUUGGAAAAUUCCGAUGUUGGGCCAUCUUCUGCGUUAUCGUCUCGCACGAUUUCACCAUUGACGUCGCGUAUGAUGUCCACAACCCUCGCUCCUACAGACUUAAUGCCGUCGUUAGUUUCCAAUGGUCUUACACGCCCUCAAAAUGUCUUAGGUUCGAUUCGAAGUUUUUCUCCAAAAACUUUAUUUCAAGACAGAUCGUUCUUCCAUCAUCCUUCUCUGACAUACGGAUACCCAUCGUUGUCAAGAAGACUUUUUCGGCAACCUCAGUUUCGCAGGCGAUUGCACGAUUUCCGAGAGUAUGGCUUGGAUGCAUCAGAGCCAGAAGUUUUAGGACGCGAAGAAAUCACACAGGGAGGAUCAUACACAACGGAGCGCAUUCCUAACUCUGAUGGAGAGACGCUUGUUAAUUCACCUGUAGGAUUUGGACCCAUAACAGUUGAAGCGAAAACAGCUGAAGGGGCGAGGGCUGCACAGCUAGCUGGAGAGGAUAAAAGACAAAGUAUCAGGAAACCAGUGGGACAAAAUCACACACACAUACCACGGCAUAGGUCGUUGGCAUAA